AUGGGGGGCAAGGCAGUGAUGAACAUGCUGCUUCUGCUAGCGCUUUUUUCCUUCACCACCACCUCUACCCAUGGACAGCCAUGCCCGGCAACCGAUGCCGCGGUGUAUGGAACUUCCGAAGUGGUCAUUCUGGGCUCGACGCUUUUCACCAGCCAGCGACUUUUCGAGACGGCGGUGGACAUCGACUGCGAUGGGCGGCGGGAUGUGGCGGCGCACUCGCGGUACGGCAUGACUUUCCUCCCGUCGUCAUCGCCGUUUACUCGCCAGUAUCCCUCGACGGCUGGCGUGCCAGUGGACGGCGUGGCCCAGUUUGAGCCGGCGGAUGAGGGCAUGAAGCUGAGCGGAUGCAUAGCGGCGGAGAUGGGCCCGGCGGGCAUGCAGGCGGAUACGUGGGCAACGCCGGUGUAUGUGUCUGGAGGCUCGCAAGCAGCGCUGUCUUCGUCGGGGGUGUACGACGCGUGGGCUGGAGACUUGAACGGCGAUGGAGUACCCGAGUUUGUCACGGCCGAGGAUGUGGGGCUGAAGGCCAUGGUGGGAAGUAUGACGACCCGUUGGCCAAAGUACACCGAUGCUAUCACCAUGGCCAGCGGGUAUAGCACGGUGAGGGGCGUGCAGCAGCAGUUUGACUUUGCCGACAUGGACAACGAUGGCGACAUUGAUCUGGUGUGGUGGUCGCGGACGUCCCACACUGACGAGACAAGGUACCAUCGCUCGCCGCGGUGGUUCGCGAACCACGGUAACGGUACCUUUGACUCACCGGGCACGACCAUCUUUUCGUUCUCGGUCGGCUCGUACGUUGCUCUCCUCGCGCUCGGCGAUGUCAACGGCGACAACUUCCCGGACGUGGCGUGGCACACGUACCAGGACACCACCCACAUCGUGCACACCAUCGGUCCGGGCGUGUUUUCAUCGACGGUGGUGACGCUCACGCCCGACUGGGAGAACUGCCAUUCUCUCAAGCUCUUUGAUGUCGAUGGUGAUGGGGACAUUGACGUUGUUCGCAAUGCAAAUGUUGAGGGCAAGCUCUUUGCGUACCUCAACGUGGCCGGACCGGGCGCUGACUUUGUGUUUGGCUCGACGAUGACGAUCAUGGACCGCAACGACGCGCGAGGUUUCGACGUUGGUGACAUCGACAACGACGGCGACCUCGAUGUGGUGGCGUCGUCUUACACUGACGACGUGCUCAUCAUUCUACGCGGCGACGGGGCGGGCGGCUACAGCAUGGAGGAUACGCUGCGUUUGGAUGGGUUGUAUUCAGUUGAAUUAGCAGAUGUCAACAACGACACAUACCUCGAUGUAGUGGGCAAGCGCUACGGAUCGAACAUGUUUAUGGCGCUGUACAAUAGCGACGACGACACCUAUGACGCGCUGAUCUCGUUCUCAGGGAUGGCCAUCUUUCCGUCCGGGUGGAAUCUGGUGGAUAUGGAUGGCGACGGGAUGUUGGACUUGGUCGGCUUCUCACUGUCGCUCACCGGCUCGACCGAGGGCGGCACUCUCUUCUACUACCGCAACAUGUACCCCGAUGUCGCAAGCGUGUUUGACGACAACCGGCCGAUCCCUCUCCUUGGCGGCGUCAAGGGUUUUGGGGGUCCGCUGGUGGCGGAUUUCAACGGUGAUGGUGCGCCUGACUACCUUGGCAUUCACGCCAACAUGCACCUUUUUGAUCUUGCUAUUUACCUUGCGGCCGGGCCCGGGACGAGUGCCGGUGGCGCUGGCAAGCUUGCUUUCAAUGGUGGGCAGCAGACGCUCGGGUUUGUCUUGGAUGAAGUGAUCGAGAUGAAUGUUGACGACUAUGACGGUGACGGCGACUACGACUUUGUGUACGCAACAUACUCGUCGUUCAGCCGGUCGACGGUCGAGUACCUCUCUAACGCGUACGGCGGGAUCGCGGGCUCGCCGCUGGCAUUUUCAGCUGCGGUUACGCUUGGCGAGUCCAAGAACUCGCGCGAGGUGGCGGUGGAGUUGAUUGUGAAUGACGCCGACGGCGAUGGGAACGCCCGCGAGGUGGUGGUCGGCUGGCGGUCGUUGUCGUCGUUUGGCUCGAACAGCUACGGAUACGUCACGCUGUACGAGGUCGACGACUGGGCGAGCGGCAGUCCGAGUGUCAACACCACCAUGAUUGCCGACGACAUGGACUUGCUUGCGGCGGUUGUGGUGGUGGACAUGGACCUUGACGGAAGCCUGGACCUUGUUGUGGCGGAGCGAUGGAAUCUGUAUGCGCUGCUGAGCGGCGGCGGGGCGCUUCGAGAGUUGGCUACUAGCGGUCAGCGGCUGUUCUUGGGCGAGAUCCAGACCUCGCGGUCCCAGUACGUGCUUGACCUCGCGGUGGCGUCGCUCAAUCCGGGCGAGGACACCCACCUCGACAUUGUCGGGCUGGUGAGCUCGAGCGAGCCAGUGGUGAUGAUGGGCUUGCCGGGCAACUCUAGCGCGCGAGUGCGGGUCAAGGAUCAUGUGCGCAUGCCGUCUGUUGUCAAUGGAGCCCGCGGCCUGGUUCUGACCGACUACGACAGCGACAGCUUUGUCGACGUUGUCUUUGCCACCAUCGAUGGUUUUAAGUGGCAGCCGAACCUCGGGUACCCGGCAGCGACCAAGGGCGCAUUCCAGGUGACGUCGGCGAGUUAUGGCAUCCCCACCGGAUGUGUUGCCGACUUUAACCGCGACUCGCGUCUGGACUUGGUGUACUACCGCAGCGACGAUUCGGUCUUGGGCAAGCUUCACGUCCAUACCAAUGUGCCUGACUUUACCGGGCGCGGCGAAGUCGACUUUGUCGGCCGUAUUCACCGGCUGGUGGCUGCUGACGUGGACAUGGACGGGCUUGUGGACCUGCUGUUUCUCAUGGCUAGCGGAGAUGUGAUCGGGUGGAUGCCCAACUUGGGCGUGUUCCCGUUCUUUGACGCGGCGACGGCUGUGCAGGUGAUCAACACGACCGAUGUGGUGGAGCACCCCGAAGACAUGGUGGCAAUGCUGCUUGACGGUGACGAGUUUAUCGAUUUGGUUGUCCUCGGGCGUGACUCGGGAAACCUCGCGAUCCUCCGUGGCAAUCCUACUCUGCCGAAGCGGUUUGAAGAGCCGGUCGAGCUUGUGAGCUGGUCGACGACUCAGUGCAGCUGGGGCUACCGCCUGGCGCUGGUGGAUGUGACGGCUGACGGCAUGAUGGACAUGUUUAUGGCGUGCUACACCAGCGGCUUUGUGGUCUGGUUCGAGUCGCUUGGACCGACAAAUGACGCACCAUGGAGUGUCAAGCCGCUGGAGCGCAUUGCGGACACACCGGGGACGUGGAAGAUAUACGACGUCGAGAUGGUCGACCUAACCGGCGAUGGCCUCGUGGAUUUUGUCUUUUCAAUCGACGAGGCCACGACGAGUUCGGUCAUGUACGAGAUCAACAUUGGUAAUGCCACUCAUCCAGUCUGGGGCCCAACCCACCGUGUUAGUUCGACGGUGGCAUGGGGAGUCUUUACCCCACUUGACACUGAUGGCCCAAGUCACGGACUGUCCCUUGAGUCUGCCGAUUUGGACAUGGAUGGCCACAUCGACAUUGUGCUGUCCAGUGCGCUCGACAGGACCGGUGUCUUGCUCAACCAGACACCGCGUCUGCCCGCAAGCGCGUUUAACGACUCGCCAGAUGAGGGCGAGCCGCGGCUUGCAUCUGCGACGCGUUGGACCGACAAUGCGAACUAUCGGCUGCGUGGUCAGGCACGCGAGCUUUACGUUGCCGACAUUGAUGCCGAUGGCUUCCCGGACUGGAUCGCCGUCUCUGACCACCUCGAGCGAGCGGGCGGUGUACUCGGGGACAAACUCGGUGUGGCAGACGCCGCGGCCGCCUACGACGUUCCGGGUCGAGGUUGA